AAACUCAAAGUGAAACUGAACUUACGGGAACCAGACAGAAUCAUCACACCGUGUUUAAAGCUCAGCUGGUAUAUUGAUGAUGACUUGAAUUAACAAGUACAUCAGAUAUAAACCUUGGUGUCCAUAGGCUUUUGUAAAAAAAUUAAUUUAUUAGUGAUUUGUUGGUUAAAACUACAUCUAAUGCAGCUGCUGAUAAACCAGGGUAACUUAAGGUCAGAUCCCUGUCAGUAAUUUAGAGACUUCAACUCUGCAAUGAAAGGAGCGGCACAACAGGCAGCAGAACUGCAAGAUGCUCCGCCAGAUGAACACACUGUCCUUUAAAUCUCCACUCAGACUCCUCACUGUUUUGGUUUUCUAUCUCCUCCAAACGCACUCCUGUCAAGGUCAGUCACAGUUAAUUGGUCCAUCUCAGCCAAUAGUGGCAACAGUUGGUGAUGACAUCAGUCUGCCAUGUCAUCUGAAUCCUGCGGUGGAUGUUACUAAAGAGACAUUGGAGUGGACAAGAUCUGAUCUGAACCCCAGAUAUGUCCAUAUGCGGCGUUCAGGUCAGGACCUCCCGGAUACAAGAAAUCCAUCCUACAGGGGAAGAACAUCGCUGAUCAUUGAAGAGCUGAAGCACGGAAACAUUUCACUGAAACUCUCCACAGUGAAACUGUCCGAUAAGGGAACUUAUAAAUGCUACAUUCCAGUGCUACAGAAACAAUCUUUGGUUGAGCUUGUUGUCAGUUCUGUCUCCUCACCUGUCAUAAAUAUGAUCAUAAACAGCAGUGGGGUGUUACAGUGUGAGUCUAAAGGCUGGUAUCCAGAGCCUGAGGUGUUUUGGUUGGACAGUGAGGGAAACCUCCUCUCUGCUGGACCUACAGAGACAGUCAGAGGUCCUGAUGACCUCUAUACUGUCGCAAGCAGAGUGACUGUGGUGAAGAGACACAACAACAGCGUCACCUGUAGAGUCCAACAGAAGAACAUCAACCAGAUCAGAGAGACUCACAUUAUCGUUCCAGAUGAUUUCUUCUGGGUCCAGGACCGGUCUGGUUCUACUUCCAGCUCUAGUUCAUCUGUUCCUGCCAUCAUUGGUGUGAUUGUUGGGUUCAUCUUUGUUCUUGCAGUUGUCUUUGUCGUGUGGAAAUGGAGACAAAACAAACUCAUGAACAAGAAACACCACGAGGAUGAAGAAACACAGAGAGUGAGAGAGAAGAGCGACGAUCCAGAACAAGAAUCCCUGAUAAAAAGAGAAACAGUGGACAAGAAGAUCAAACCCUUAAGUGAAGAAACAAGACUUCAGUGUGAAACAGAGGAAGAAACAAACCAAAGAGAAACUAACAAUGUUCUUGUUCAGAGACAAGAAGGAACACUGCAACAAUCUGUUCAUGAAGGAACAAACCUUCUUGUUCCAGUAAAAGUAGAACCUGACCAACUACUGGAAGAAGGAGGGACAGAAACUGCUUUGGACAAGACAGAAGAAAAGACAAACACUAAACCAACAAGUGAAGAAGCAGGAGUUCCUGGUCCAGCAGAGAGAGAAACACAACAAGAGAAACAGAGAAAGAGGAAGAAAAACAUGGAGAGACAGAACUGGACAAAGAGAGAGAAAGACUUCUGAAACAACUACAGACAAAAGAAAGAGAUGAGAAGAAAUUAGAAGAAAAGAUGUCUAGAUAUGUGACACAUAUAAAGGAACUGAAGGAUAAGAGAAAGCUACUCAGUGAACAGCUGGAGGAGGUGGAGAGGAAGCUUCAGUCACUAAACAGUGAAAAAGACCCUGAAACACAGAAAGAAGCAGCAGAAAAUACAAAGAAAGAUCUGGAGAGGAAGAAGGCAGAACUUCAGAAAGACUUAGAAAAGAUAGAGAAAUCACAGCAGAGAAACCAGAUUGAUCUUACUACUGCAACAGAAAGGAAAAUGAAAAUAAUAAAUGAAAAAAAAGAGAAAAAGAAAAAUUAAAGGAGAAACAGAAGACGAGUCAGAGUGAUUCAGACGAGGAACUUUGAUGCUAUGAAAGUCAAAAGAGGAGGAAGAAACAAACUUUUAUUUGAACGUUCUUCAGCUGUUUAGAGCUCCAAUAAAAUGUUUGUAUGUGAAACAUUUACAUGUUUAAUAUAAUAACUCAAUAUGGAAAUCAUCAUCAACAGAUAAACUGAUAUUUCUUCUGCUAAUUUGGAUUUAGAGCAGAUUUAAAUCUGCUGAAAUGAUUUUACUUGCUUAAACAUUCAAGAAAAUAUUGUUAUAUUAUAUUAUAAUAUAUGUUAUAAAAGAAGUUUAAAAAGCAACUAACUUGUUAAAUGUUGCCAAAACAGUUUUAGUCAUAAAAUACAAACAUGUAAUGUUUGAUCCAUGUAGAUGUUACACAACAGUUAUAUUAUUCAGAAGAAGAAAAGAUGCCUGAAGAUGACUGUUUUACCAUUUUUAUAAGAAGAGCUGAACUAUAACGUCCACAUCUCAGUGGAAAAUAUGAGCACAGGAAGUCGACCAUCUUCUCAACACUUUAGACUAGAACUGCAACUAACGAUGAAUUUCAUUAUUGAUUAUCCUAUCGAUUGUUUUCAGGAUUAAUCGGUUAGUUGUUUUCUCCUUAAAACAUCAGAAAAUAGAGAAAAAUGUUUGUCACUGUUUGGAAAAACCCAAGAU